AUGGCGGAAGUCCCAGGGAAGAUGAUGGAGCAGGCUGCAGAGGCGGUGACCGGAGGGCAGAAGCCGCGCAAAGCCGACGGCGCCAAGGACGGCGAGGCUCCUGAGGCGGCGCCGGCGCCCAAGGCCGCCGCCGCUAACCUGCCGCAUCACCGGCGAUCCAAGAGUGCUUCUUCCGGUAGGAACUUGGAGACGUGCGACCAUGGCAGCGCCGCGGCGCAUGGCGGCGUGGAGCAACGCUUCCACCGACCACCACAGAACCCGCCGGACCCGAGGAAGCCCUCUCGCGCGACGGAAGGUUCUCCGGUUCACCCGGCGAUGCGGAGGGAUCACCGGCCGAGCGCCUCGUCGCCGAACCACCGUGUGUCGCUCGAGAACGACGUUUCGCAGCUGCAGCUGCAUCUGCAUCAGGAGAGGUCCAUCCGGAUCAUGCUCGACCGGGCGAUCGGCCGGGCGUCCAGCACUCUGUCUCCUGGCCAUAGGCACUUCCCAGCUCAGACAAAGGAGCUGAUAGCAGAGAUCGAAUUGCUCGAAGAGGAAAUCGCGAACCGCGAGCAGCAUGUUCUCACCCUCUACAGAAGUAUAUUCGAUCAGUGUGUGUCCGGACCAUCGUCGGGGCAGAGUUCUGGCAUUUCUUCCCCGGCUCACGCGAAGAGCGUUAGUUCGAGGACGAGGCGGCGGCAGUCGAGCAUAAUAUCUAGUGCAUUUUGCUCAUCUAAGAAGCUCCCCCUCCAACCUUUUCAUAUUAUGACCACGGUAUCAGAGUCUGGGAGAACGAAGAACAUGCUCAAGACCAAGAUCAGGCAUGAGUCAUUCUCGAGCGAGACUUUGGACAUUCGUCCUGCAUCCCUUGCAUCAGACCCAAGGAAGCUACCUUAUUCAGGAAGUAGUUCUCUGGCACGUACUCUGAAAGAUCAUCUCUACCAAUGUCCAAGCAAGAUAUCUGAAGAAAUGGUUAGAUGCAUGGCCUCCAUAUACUGUCUUCUGCGGGCCGAAUCACAAGAAAAGGCUGAAAGGGCCCGUUCGCCCUUCCUGUCAAGAUCAUCAACAAGUGUGAUUCUUCCCCGGAGGGGUAACGGAGAGGAAACUAAUGCAUCAAAUAACAAAAGCAUUGUCGAAGUAUGUUCAAUAUCAGUCGAAAAGAAUCAGAUGCCAGAUGUCUCCGUUGCAAUUACACACUACAGGUUGCUUGUGGAGCAGCUUGAAAGGGUUGAUCUAAGUAUGUCAGGAACAAGUAUCAAACUGGCCUUCUGGAUCAAUGUGUACAAUUCUCUUGUCAUGCAUGCAUAUCUAGCAUACGGAAUACCAAACAGUUCUCUGAAAAGAAUGGCUAUAUUUCACAAGGCAGCCUACAAUGUUGGUGGGCAUUCUGUGACAGCAAAUUCCAUCGAACACUCCUUGCUGUGCUGUAGAUCCCCGAGAAUCGGUCGUUGGUUCGAGUCCAUUCUGUCGACGGCGAUGCGGAAGAGAUGCGCCGACGAGAAGCAGCUGGUCCAGCUGAAGUUCGGCCUGCCGGACUGCCAGCCUCUGGUCCUGUUCGCAUUGUGCACGGGCGCCUCCUCCGACCCCAUGCUGAAGGUGUACACGGCGAAGAACGUGGCGGACGAGCUGGAGCGAGCGAAGCGGGAGUUCCUGCAGGCCGGCGUGGUGGUGCGGAAGUCGAGGAAGGUGUUCCUGCCGCGCCUCGUAGAGCGGUACGCCAAGGAGGCCGGCCUCCCCGUCGGCGACGGCAUCCUCGCGUGGGCGCGCGACAACGUGGACGGCCGGGCCGCGCAGGACGCCAUCCAGCGGUGCGCCGCGGCCGGCGGCGGCGGCGGCCGGCGCAGGGCGUCGCAGGCCUUCGAGUGGCUCCCGUACAACGCCAGGUUCCGCUACGCCUUCGCCAGGGGCAUGGUGGACAAGCAAGCCGCGGGGAUAUUUGCCUAG